AUGUCUGUUGUUCCUACAUUCGCUGGCUUGUCCGGCAACAAGCUGUCACGAACAGUGACAGCUACUGCUACUAUGGGUUUCCUCCUUUUCGGUUAUGACCAGGGUGUCAUGAGUAGUAUUAUCGACUCCGAUGCUUUUUACGAAUUGUUGCCUCAGCUAGAUGGCAACUCUACUCUUCAAGGAACCGUCACUGCCCUCUAUGAAAUCGGUUGUCUCUUCGGUGCUAUCUUCAUGCUGAUCUACGGUGACUGGCUCGGUCGUCGCAAGGCUAUCAUCUGUGGUGCCUUUAUCAUGAUCAUCGGUGUUAUUAUUCAAGUUACGUCUUACUCUCAUCACAAGCCCAUGGCUCAAUUCAUCAUCGGCCGAAUCGUCACCGGUGUUGGAAACGGAAUGAACACAUCCACAAUCCCUACCUACCAAGCAGAAUGUUCACGUACCUCCAACCGUGGUCUACUUAUCUGUAUUGAAGGUGGUACUAUCGCUUUCGGUACCCUGAUUGCUUACUGGAUCGACUUUGGAGCCUCCUACGGCCCCACAGACCUGGUCUGGCGUUUCCCUAUCGCCUUCCAGUGUACCUUUGGUGUCUUGAUUAUUAUUGGAAUGUCCUUCCUGCCUGAAUCUCCUCGCUGGCUCUUCACUCGCGAGCGCUAUGAGGAGGGUGAGCAGGUCAUUGGUGCUUUACUGGGCCAACCUAUCGACUCUCAUGAGGUGCAUCUCCAGAAGAACAUUAUUAUUGACUCCAUCCGGGCAUCUGGCCAGGCUGGAAAGAACACCCCUUUCUCUGCUGUCUUCACUGGAGGAAAAACCCAGCAUUUCCGCCGUAUGCUUCUGGGUGCUUCUUCCCAAUUCAUGCAGCAAAUUGGUGGCUGUAACGCAGUUAUCUACUACCUGCCUAUUCUCUUUAAGAGUUCCGUUGGUCUAACAGGCAAGAUGCCCACCAUUCUUGGUGGUGUGAACAUGGUAGUCUAUGCUAUCUUCGCCACUCUUUCCUGGUUCCUUAUUGAACGUGUCGGCCGCCGAAAGCUAUUCCUCUACGGUACUAUCGGCCAGAUGGUCUCGAUGAUUAUCGUUUUUGCUUGCUUGAUUCCUGGUACUACCCAGGCUGCUAAGGGUGCUGCCGUUGGUCUGUUCACCUACAUCGCUAGUUUCGGUGCUACCUGGCUUCCAUUGCCAUGGUUGUACCCUGCCGAGAUCUCUCCCAUCAAGACUCGCGCUAAGGCUAACGCCCUGUCGACCUGUUCGAACUGGAUGUUUAACUUCUUGAUUGUUAUGGUUACCCCUAUCAUGAUUGACCACAUUGGAUGGGGAACUUACCUGUUCUUCGCUGUUGUCAACGCCUGCUUCUUGCCCGUUAUUUACUUCCUUUACCCCGAGACUGCCCGUCGCUCCCUCGAGGAGAUUGAUCUUAUUUUCGCCAAGGGUUUCUCAGAGAACAUGAGCUAUGUUCGCGCUGCGAAGGAAAUGCCUUACCUCACUGAUGAGGAUGUUGAGCGUGUCGCUAUCCAAUAUGGAUUCGGUCCUGCUGAUGAGGUCAUGAGCGAUAAUGAUGCUAAGGCUAUUGGCAGUGAUGAAUCACCUGAAUCCCCUAUCGAAAAGCCCAGAGUCGAGACUGUCUAA